CUGCAGACCUGCCUGCAACUCCUGCUGCAGCUCCUAGCCGAGGAUCCCGUGCCCAAUGUGCGUUUCACAGCAGCUCGUGCUCUGCUCCUAAUCAGCGGCAGUAUCGACAGAAAGUGA